GGAUGCCGUCUGCCUCAUUUGUAAAACCCUACCGGCUACCACUCACUCCUACACCCUUUGCCACCGCAUUCCUCCCAACCUCGCCACCUGCUCCGGCGCAGCGCACUCCCCCUCCGCACAGCCUCAUCUCUCAGCUGCGCUUCUUGAGGUUUCUGGAAGUGGUGCUAUCUUGGAAGAAUUAAGGGAAGAAUCAGAGCUAGAAGCUUCCAAUAUCAUUCCUACUGGUGCUUGGACGAGGUUCUUCACGUACGUGGACUUCAUAGAGAUUCCUACACAUUAGCUUGAGACUGUUGCUGCUUGUUAUAUUGAGGAUAAGAAGAUGGCAAGUGGCACUGGGCUGGAAUCUCUUGUUGAUCAAACAAUUUCAAUUAUCACAAAUGAUGGACGAAACAUUGUGGGAGUUCUCAAAGGUUUCGAUCAGGCUACCAACAUAAUUCUUGAUGAGUCUCAUGAGCGGGUCUACUCCACCAAGGAAGGCGUACAGCAACUUGUGUUGGGCCUCUACAUCAUCCGGGGCGAUAACAUAAGCAUUAUUGGAGAAUUAGAUGAAGAGCUAGAUGCAGGCUUGGACUUGUCGAAACUCAGAGCUCAUCCUUUGAAGCCGGUUAUCCACUGAUCUGUAACUGUCUUUCGAGCAUAUGUAAUGUCUAAACUGAGAUUCAAUGUCGAAAACAAACUUUCGACAACUAGAAAGCACGAAAGAAGAAAAUGAGGAAGUAGUUCGACAUUUUGUACCUAUGAUGAAAUAUUUGUGUUUUCUAUUUUUCUUGCCUUCGCAUGUAUUAAUUGAUCUUCAGUAAUCUCACGGCAAUAUAGAAUGAAUAGUCGAAGAGAAAAGGUCUUGAGUUCGUGUUGA